GAUACCGCCGGGAAGAUCUCACGAAGUCACGAAAAGCAGUGCCUUUGGUAAACUCAAAAACCUGUCGCUUGCUUAUUAGUGUUGUCCUACCUCCGCCGACGAAGAUGUGCCACAGACAGCUGCGAUUCACGAAAAAUACGGCGUGCGGUCAUCUCACAUUCCAAGGCGACACUUACAUUGAUUGUUUUGCACGAGACUGCAACCUCAGUACCAGUCAUCCGACCCUCGUGCGGAUCACCGGGGAGACCGUGCAAUUGCCGUCGGUAUUAUGGGUAAGCCACACAACCAUCAUGAUGGCUUUUUUGUUCCCGCGAAGCUUUGUGUCGCUUAUUGUUAUUCUCCCCAGCCAACCCCAGCGGCUGAUCACACUAGAACUUCCGGGAACAUGUCCCAAGUGCCCGCAAUGACGGGAUGCAACUCAUCCGACAUACCUUAUCACUGGACGCCCGACGACAAUUCGUAUAUAUAUAUCACGUCUUGGAUCACCUAAUGUACUCUUACAG